ACGGAGCAGCAAAAGGGUUGUAAUAAUAACGUUUAUAAUCCGUGGACGACCACCGGAAAACAGAAACAGAAAACAGAAGACUAUCCGUCCCCCCUGUAAAACAUCUUUCAAUGGUUGGUCUGUAGCGGACCGGGAGCUGCAGCAGCAGGGAUGAGGAUCCGGCUGCAGGGUCCUGGCCACGCUGCCAGCGUUCUCUCCGAGCUCAACCUCUGCAGACAGUCGCGUCAGUACUGCGACGUGUUCCUGCAGGUCGGAAACCGCACGUUCCCGGCACACCGCGCCGUCCUCGCCUGCGCCGGGUCGUACUUCCGCAACCUGUUUGCCAGAGCGUCGGCGUCGUCGGCCUUCUCGCUGGAGUUCAUCUCCCCGGCCAACUUCGAGAAGGUGCUGACGUUCGUGUACACGGGCGAGAUCCUGACCGACCUCAUCGAUGUCGGCGUGCUGUACGAGCUGGCCGAGAGGCUCGGGGUGAGCGAGCUGGUGAGAGCCUGUCACGCCACCUUCCCCGACCUGCAGGCGUCUGUGUCUGCGAACUGUAAAGCCGGCAGCUCCGAAGAACUGACCCCGGACUCCGGCAUGGUCCCUGCUGCGGUCUCCUCAGUGACUGCUGCUGGUUCGGUUUCUCUCUCUGCAUCGUCCAUGUGCUCCUCGGCCGCCUCCUGCUCCUCUCUCUCUUCAUCGGCCGGUCCGUCUGCUGCCCCGACCCCCGCCUCGCCUCUCUUCCAAGCCACCAGGACUGCGAGGUCCUGCCGUGAUGCUCAAUCCGGGGUUCUUCCUCGGGCCCUGAAGGCGGAGGACGUCCAGUCUCUCGUUGGAUACGGGCAGAUGUCUGCAGAUCAUCAGCUCCCCGCAGGACAAAACCUCUUGACCAGGAGUCAGGGUGACGGCGUGCUGCCUCCCGGGCCUGCGCUCCAGCUGAAGACGGAGCAGGGGCUUGAGGACGAGGAGGCGGGAGGACGCUGUGAGGAAGUAGACGGAGACAGACGCUUGGUGCCGGAGAGCGCCGGAAGCUCUCAGAGGAGCGACGCUGCGCAGACCGACUCCUGCUCCUUUCCCGACUCCUCUGCUCAGCUUGGAGCCGAGGCCUGCCACCCGACAUCCUCCUCGGGCGAGCCUUUAGGCGGCCUGCGGGCGGAGGCAGGGGACGACAGGAUGAUGUUCGGAGAGGUGGAGGAGGAGGAGGAGGAGGAGAGGGAGGCCCUGCGGGGGAAUGUGGCACUGGAGGGAACGGAGGAGGAGCAGUGGAGGAACCUGGCUGGGGAGAUCAUCGAGCUGAGCGACGACGAGACCUUCAUGGAGGAGGGGGACGAGGAGGAGGAGGAGGAGGAGGAGGAUGAAGACGACCUUGUUUGUUUGGAGAACGGAGAAGGAGGACACUCAAGCAGCCAGGUUACAGAAAACAUGCUGUCAUGCAAAGCGUGCACGGCGUCCCUCCCCGCAGACCCGGCCGCCGUCAGGAGACACGCCGAGACUCACCUGACCGAGCUGGGCCUCUGCAGAGUGUGCGGGACCUCCUUCCCCGACCGCUCCGCAGGCGUUUCCCACGCCCUGUCCCACGUCGGGGUGCAGCUCUUCACCUGUGACAUGUGUCGCCUUCAGUUCUGCAGCCUGAACAAACUGCUGCGCCACAGCAGACACACGGCCUCCUGUUACACCAUCCCACAGGGGGCGCUGACGAGCAGCAGCCAGGGCCUGAGCGCCGAGCUGCAGUGUGCGGUGUGCAGCAAAUCCCUCAGCAAGGACUUCCAGACCAUCAGAGACCACCUGCUGAGUCACGUGUGUCCUCAGAGCCUGAGCUGCGGCGUGUGUCACCUCCCCCAGCCCUCGCCGUGCUCCCUGCUGUGGCACGGCCUCGCCCACCUGUCCCUGCCCGUCUUCACCUGCCCGCACUGCGCCCGCUGCUUCGUGGAUCGCUCCCUGCUGGACAGGCACAUGACCGCGCACGCCGAGGAGGCGGCCGCUAAGGAGAGGGAGCGGUCGGCGGCGCUGAGAGCUUACAGAGGAGUCAGGGGGGGCGGAGUCGGGGGAGGAGUUACAGCAGAGGAGGAGGAGGAGGAGCUGCAUUGCUUCCUGUGCCAACAGACUUUCCGCUCCUCGUCGGCCUUCCAGUUCCACCUCAGCCUGCACACCAGCGACUCCUCUGGGGGCGGGGGCGGCGCCGGGAGCCAGGGAUGGUCGGGAAAACGUAAAGCAGAGAAUACUCUGGAGUGCCCCCCGUCGUCCUGCUCGUCCUCGUCUCCCCGGGAGGGGGGCGGCCUCGUUAAGAUGAGUCACCUGGGUUUGGGGAUGGGCUUCAGCGUACCGGAGAAGUUUUUCCAAGGGUCAGCACACGGGUCGUCCGGGGUCCUGGUCAACGGGAGCUCCGUGGGGCAGGACGGGGGAGGCGGGGCGGCGGGCGUCCGGGGGAAAUGGUACCGGUGUCGAUACUGCGGGAAAAGCUUCGCCCACUCGGGGGAGUUCACCUACCACCUCCGCAUCCACACGGGGGAGAAGCCGUACCAGUGCAAGGUGUGCCUGCGCUUCUUCAGGGGCCGCUCCACCAUGAUCUGCCACCUGAAGACGCACGCCGGCGCCCUCAUGUACCGCUGCACCGUCUGCGGCCUGUACUUCUCCACGCUGAAGAUGGUGUCGUCGCACAUGGAGCUCCACAAAGACCACCUGCCCCCCGACUUCAACAUCGAGCAGACCUUCAUGUACAACGACCACUCGAAAGAACCGCUGCACACUGUGGACGCCUGAUCGGCUCGCUGUCGGCACGGCGUUUUGUUUCUCCUUGUAAACUUUUUCUCUUCUUCUUCUCGUAACGGUUGUCGUGGACCAAAAAACUGUUCUGAUUUAUAAAAGACUAGACGCUGAAACUGACGAUUGUUUUUAUCAAGAGCUGCAGCAAAGAAGCAGAUUAGUCGAUGAGAAGGAAACAAACGUUUGGAUCAUCUUCUUAAAUGUUUGAGUUUGCUGCUUUUUGUCAAGUUGCUCCACAAAGUGAAAACACAAAAUUAACAUUCAGAACAAAAGAAAAAGGACAGACAGGAUGCAGAUCUAUCUUCUUUAUUUUAUUUUAAUAAGAAAAGUAUCAGACACUGUCGCAUCUUCAAUUCCUUUUUAUCCAACCUAGACUCCAAAAAACAUCCUUUAUCUAAACCACUUUCUGCAUGGGGUGGGGGGCAGGAGCCGAUCCCAGCUGUCAUAUGGCGAGGGGCGAGGGGGCGGGUACACCCUGGACUGUUCGCCUGUCAAUCUAGAGACAGACAACCAGCCACACCCACAAUUUAGAGUCACCAAUUAACAUGACGAGUAAGUCUUUGGACUGUGGGAGGAAGCCGGAGAGAACCCUAAACAUGCAAAGGGAGAACAUGCAAACUCCACACAGAGAGGAACCUGUCAGAUGGGGAUUUGAACCAGGAACCUUUUCACUGUGAGGCGACAGCGCGCUAACCACUGCACCACCGUACAGCCCGCUCCAAAACCCCGAAUAAAGUCAAACUAAAUUAAAUUAAAUGAAGAAAAGCAGCAAAUUCCCACAUUUGAGAAGCUAAACAAAUGUUCUUUAAUAAAUCACUCAAAUGACUCCAUCGUUAUCAAACGUCGAUGAUUUGCGUCAGCUCCGUCAUAAACUCUCGACUUCAGAAUGUAGCAGAGGAAAUCAUGUUUCAGAUUCCGUCCACUUUCAGAGUCGACCUGGUUGGAGGUUUUUGGUCUCUCUGGAGCCACUUGGUGGCAGUGUGUCCCGCUCUGCGUCAGGGGAAUGAUUGUUGUAACUCUGAUUCAGUCUGUGUGUUUAGAACCUGAAGAACAUGAAGGUUGGUUUCUGUCAGUGAUUGAUGACCACACUGUUAGAGAAGCAGCACCUCACUGUAGCAUACAAAUCAUUCUCCUGCACUUUGCUUUUCGUUUUUUUUUACAUUUUUAAAUUUUUCUCCAUGGAAACAACAAAAACCAGCCACACAAGAGAAAGAGAGAGAGUGCAUUUCAUUUCUCUUUCAUGUAACCCAUGAUGUGUCCGAUCAUGAUGUUUAAGUGCCCAUUACGUUUGAGUGUACAAUGUUUCUUACCUCAUAUUUAUGAUGACAGUGUAUUUAUUAUCUGUACGCCUCGAUACGUUGCAUUAUGUUUUUUUAUGAAUGUUGGCCUUCUUUGAGUAUUGUUUUUUUGUUUUUAUGUUUUUCAAAAAGGAAAAAUAAAAAAAUCCUGGAGGAAGACUGUUA